UUCGAAAUUUUGAUUUUGAAAAUUAAUUUUUGAAAAACUGUAUAAUAAAUCAGCUUUAUUCAAAAACAAGAUAAAAGACGAGUUUUUGGUUUUACAAAAAGAAAAUUGCUCCUCCCGGCUAAAAAGGGGGGGGAUUAGACCACCCCUCCCAUACAAUUUUUUUCUUAUCUCGACAGAACCUACACGCUCCAACUUUUUGGUACUUUUGUCAGUGCGACGAAUGAGUUUGUAUGUUUUUUUUUUUAAUAAAUAAUGUUGAAAUUUUGGAUUGAUCUUUGAUACUUAAACGAUUAAAUCGAAGGAAACUAACAACCGCAAAGCUUCGUUUGCCAGAUCAGAAUACUAUCCAAUCUUAGCACCUGCAGGUGGAUACAAAUUACGCUGAAAUCUCGCCGUAUCGCAUUUGUUUGACCUGCUUGGAUGAUCUCAUUAACGCUUACAAUUUCAUACAAAAAUCACAGAAAAGUAACGAGCGCUUAAUUCAAUUUUUAAAUCAAGCCGAUAUUAAGCAAACUCAUUUCAAAAUUGAAACAAAUAUCGAUGAUGUUCCCUAUGAUCAUAGCACUAUGGACUCUGCUCAGUUAAAAACUGAAACAAAUAUCGAUGAUAUUCCCUAUGAUCAUAGCAUUAUGGACUCUGUUCAGAUAAAAAUUGAAAAUGAAACUCUUCACGAUUAUAAUAAUUUUUUGAUUAUAGAAUGUAAAAACUCAUCAAUAAAUAGUUGUGAUUCUGAAAUGAAUAAUUGUGAAACUUUUGAGAACAAAAAAACAAAAAAACCAAAAUUGCAUUGUGAAUACUGCAAUCGAGUUUUCAAAAAACACAAUUUAUAUGAGGACCAUAUGAGAACACAUACAGAAGAGGAUAUUCAGAAAAAAGGAAUUUCUGAGGAUGGAAAUCAAUUUUCAUUCUACGAAAGUUAUCUUAGCUGGCAAACCACUCAGGACAUGGAAGAACAUCAAAAAUCCGAACACACAAGAAUGGGAUCAAAGAGCUUUUAUGGAAAUGAUAAACAUGUAAAUCCUAUUCCUGGUGAUGGCUUUCAAAGUGACGAUGAUCUUUUUUCCGACUCGGAUACCGAAUAUGUUUCUCCUAACCAAUGUCUAUCGGCUGUAUUUCCCGGAACAGAGUGUAAUUUAUCCGGUGAUGAAAUUUGUUUUGUCCAGACGACAAAAACUAGAACAAACAAAACUGAUCCUAAAACAGAAAUAAACGACCAAAAUUUCAAAUUCACAGGAAUAACACAAUUACCAGAUUUUAUUCAAAAACUUAAAUCCCCAGCAGAUUUGUUUUUAUUCCUAUUUUCUGAUGAUCUUAUUGAAGUAAUGGUUAAACAAUCUAAUCUGAAAUCUAUACAAGACAAUGCAAACAGACCAGCCAAUAUAACUAAACAGGAAAUGGAACAAUUUAUUGGAAUAAUGAUUUUCAUGUCUAUUGUAAGAUUACCUGUGUCGCGUAAUUAUUGGAACAGCACUAUAGGACAACCUCAGAUCUAUGAAAGUAUGACAUGCAAUAGAUUUGAAACUAUAAAACAACAUUUGCACUUCAAUGACAACACUAAUUUUAUUCCUUAUGGCAAUCCGGGGCAUGACAAGCUUUUCAAAGUGCGACCACUUUUAGAUGGUAUUAGACAACAACUUUUGCUUGUGCCAAAAGAAGAAUUUUUGAAAAUUGAAGAACAAAUAAUUCCAACCAACAACGUACGACCAAAUAAAUUGGGAUACAAAAAUCAAGUCUUGUGUGGAGUAUCUGGAUUCAGUUAUGAUUUUGAUAUUUUUGCUGGUAACCAAAGCAAUACUCAUCCUGAAGACGCUCCCGACCUAGGUGUUCGUGGAAAUGUUGUUACUCGUCUCACGUCAACUAUACCAAGACAUGUUAAUCAUAAAAUUGUUUUUGAAAAUUACUUCAACAGUUCGAAACUCCAAAAACAUCUUAGAAAAAUUGGGCUUUUGUCUCUAGACCGUUUCCCCACUGCAACAAUGUCUUCAGAAAAAGAAUAUGGGCAUUGCAAUGAAAAAUGUACCACUCCCGAAAGAAACGAAUUAAGUACCAUCAAUCGAAUGGACAAAAAUCCAGUUCAAAUGCUUUCAACUGAGAGUGAAAAAUCAAAUACAAAGCUGAAAUACUUCAACACUAAAGCCGUUAGAGUUAGCAAUUCCAUUCAGAGUAUUAGAGGUAAUUUAUUAGAUUCUAUGCUGGGUGUUCAUAGAAUUCAUAUGCGAUCCAAAAAAUGGUACAAGAGAAUUUUUGUUCAUAUGGUUGACAUGUGUAUUGUAAAUGCUUGGAUUCUGUGGCGAAAGAAUAAUCCAGAAGAAUAUAUGACUUUAUUUGACUUUAAGCUAGCUGUAUCAGACCACUUAUGCAAAUCUGGAAAAGUGGCAAUAAGAAGAGAACUGACUGACCAAUGUAGCGAUAGAACUCCUUUGACGUAUAAAAGUCGUGCAAAUCCUGAAGAUCCAAAUUCAUCUAAACUUGAAUCACCAACUCAGCCAAUUAAAUGCAAAUUAAAAAGAGCUAGAAAUCAGGAACUUCCACUGAAUUCAGUGCGAACUGAUAAUGUUGGCCAUAUGCCUGAAUGGCAAAAAAAUCGCCAAAAGUGCAAAAUUUGUGAAUACAAAACAUAUACGAGGUGUAGAAAAUGUCAUGUGUUUUUGUGCUACAACGAUAAGAGGAAUUGUUUGACAAGAUUCCAUGAAUUGUAAAAUAUAGUUAUUUGAAGUAAGUUAAAUAUUGCUAUUUUAAAUCAGUCUGCUUUUUGACUUAGUAACUUACUAAAAUGACUUAAGCAUUUUAUUAAAUCGUUUAAAAUGUUGCGCCAUUGUGUAUAGAGAGGAUAAUAACCCGUUAUUUUGGAAAUCAGUUUACGACUUCAAAUGCUCACGAAUAGGUACUUUAUAAGCGAUUUUCAAUGGAACACAAUUUCAAGGAAAUCAAUGUUAUUUCCAUCUAUAACCCGAUUGUCCCCGUUCGCCAGUGAUACAACAGAGUCACAAAAAGAGGUGAUAUUAAUUUUGUGUCUUAUUCGUACUGUCCUACAAACAAGUAAAUUUGUGAGAGCCACAAAAACAAUCGAAAUUCUGAUAUCCCAUUGUUUAUUUUGAAUUGUAAAAAUAGGAAUGAAUAAAUAUUAUUAUUAUUGUUAUUAUUAU